AUGUCAGAAGAAAAUAGGACUCUGGUGACAGAGUUUGUUCUCACAGGACUUACAGAUCGCCUAUGGCUGCAGGUCCCACUGUUCCUGGUGUUCUUGGUGAUCUACCUCAUCACCGUGGUGGGAAAUCUCAGACUGAUGGCUCUUAUUUGGAAGGACCCCCAACUUCACACGCCCAUGUACUUAUUCCUUGGUGGUUUAGCCUUUGUAGAUGCAUGCAGUUCAACAUCUGUGACCCCGAGGAUGCUGGUCAAUUUCUUAGACAGAACUACAAUGAUAUCUCUGGCAGAAUGCAUCACCCAGUUUUUUUUUUUUUGCUUCAGUGCAACUACAGAAUGCUUCCUCCUGGUAGUGAUGGCAUAUGACAGAUAUGUAGCUAUAUGUAACCCUUUGCUUUAUCCUGUGGUGAUGUCCAAUAGACUCUGCACUCAGCUGAUAAGUAUUUCAUAUGCUAUUGGUUUUCUGCAUUCCCUGAUUCAUGUGGUUUUGUCAUUAAGACUAACUUUCUGUAGGUCUAAUAUAACCCAUUAUUUCUACUGUGAAAUAUUACAACUGUUCAAAAUUUCAUGCACUGACCCAUCUACUAAUGCACUAAUGAUAUUUAUUUUUGGUGUAUUUAUACAAAUAUUCACUUUAAUGGGCAUCAUAAUCUCUUAUAUUUGUGUGCUCUUUGACAUUCUGAAAAAAAAAUUGGAAAAGGGCAGAAGCAAAGCCUUCUCCACGUGCAGUGCCCAUCUGCUGUCUGUCUCUUUGUUCUAUGGCACACUCUUCUUGAUGUAUGUGCUUCCUGAGUCAGGGCCAGAUAAAUAUCAGGAUCAGAUGUAUUCACUGUUUUACACAAUUAUAAUUCCUCUGAUAAACCCCUUUAUUUACAGUUUGAGAAAUAAAGAUGUUAUUGAUAAUUUCACUGAGAAAAUUAUUAUUAGAAGCCUCAUGAAUACAAAAUCUAUUUCUUUAGGAAUUACAAACCACCUGAAAUUUUUAGUAUUUCUGAUCAAUCUUCUAAUAGAGGUAUCUCAUUUUGUAGGUACUGAGUAAAUUAAGACUUUAUUGUACCUUCCUAUCUCCUCAUACUUUUUCCUUACCAAAAAAAAAAAAGAGAAAAGAAAAACUAAACCUGUUGCCAUCAAGUCAGU